GAAGAACUGGGUGUAUCACUUGCAAGUGUGUAAAUUUUUAUUCCCCCAAGCCAGUAGCUUCAAAAUCAUGACACAGAGCCGCUGCUGACCUUGGCAAUAGAAAACGACGGAUAAAGUGCGACGAAGACCUUCCUACAUGUUCCCGCUGUCGAUAUAGCGGGAGGGAUUGCGCCUACGCCGAGCCGCCAAUUGGCUGCUUUUCAUGGCAUCACCUCCUGCACUCGUCCACGGCGUCCAUCUCAUCUUCUCCGUCUCGCCGCCUGCCAGAUUUGAUGGUCAGGGGGCUAGACUAUUUUCGUUGCGAGGUAGCACCGAAGCUCGGCGGCGAACUCGAUGGUGCUACUUUCUGGACUACCGUCUUGUUGCGGCUCGCGGCGACGGAGGACGCGGUGAUGCAUGGCAUGUUUGCCAUCAGUCUGUUGUAUGAGGACUUUGAGCCGGGCUGGAAGAAGCGAGUAUGCGACAGUGAGAAGGAGACGGCGCUGGCGCACUACAACCACGCAUUGCGAAUCGUUGCCUCGAAAGAGCUGGGAACGGACGUGGUCCUAGUCAUGUCCAUCUUGUUCACCUGUGUCGAGUUCCUCAGGGGCAACCAAGCAGCCGCCGUUACACACUGCCGUCAUGGGACUCUAGUUUCACGCCUUCCGGGCCACCGGAACCAGGAAAUUAUGACUGUGCUCCGGCAAUUGAGCCCAGUUCCGUACUUCUUUUCUAGCGGCGAAUUUCCUGUCCUUGAGAUGACGGGUCAGGCGGGUCGUUUCGACACGGUCUCGCAAGCUUCGCAUGCAAUGGACGAACUGAUGGCUCAGGCAAUCAGACUGGUGCGAUCCCUUGACGGCUAUCGUCUGGAGGUCGAGGAUGCCACCGCUAUGCCCGCAGGUGCUCAGGACACGCAGAUGAUGAUUGUGACGAAACUUUUGUUGUGGAAGACUGCUUUUGAAGAACUGGGAAAUAGAGUCGACGUCACUCGGUCCAGCCACGCGCUGCUGCUCAUGAGGUUCCGGGUGUGCUGGAUCUGGUCCUGCAUAGCGCUGCGUAGGGAUGAGACGGCGAGCGACGUGUUCCAAGUCGACUUUUCACACAUAGUCGAGCUUGCUGGCAGUCUGUCACCAGUCGAGGGGCCGGAAGCUGGCAAAAACUUUAUGUUUGGUAUGGGCAUGUCUCCUCUACUGCAUUUUGUCGUCAUCAAGUGCCGACACCUUCCAACGAGACUCAAGGCGCUGGAGAUGCUCCGGAAGAUGGGCAAGAGGAGGGAAUCGCUGUGGGAUGCGGCGACCAUGUACAGGAUCGGAGAGCUCCUCAUCAAGAAGGAGCAUGGGUUCUCAGUGGUGCAGGGGAUGAAGCUUACCGCAUGGGAGCUACCGGCGGACGAGAAGAGAGUAAGAGACUCGUACUUGGAGGAUGAGGUCUUUGUGGAGCGAGACCACAUGGGGAAGGAGGUGCUCCGUCGGAGGAUAUAUCUUUUCGUUUAUGAUGGGAAGGCCAUUGUUCGGGAGGCUGACUGGAUUUCCCUUAUGAUUUGACCAAGUCGGCCUGGUAAUCUCCUCUCGUAAAACGGUGCCAUGUUCAUGUGUGAAUCGAGUGGGUCCUAUGCGAUAACCCCCGGUCAAGACUAUGUUGAUUUGGCACCAUGGAUGACACGAAGCGGGGCGAUAUCAUCGCUGCUGCUGUCUCAAAGCGUUCCGGCGUAUCUCCGGAAGCCGGUCUCGCCGGUCCAGCGUUCCCAAGACCUUCGUUUCUCCGCGGCAGUGAUGCCCUUGCCUCGGCCAUAGGCAACUUUGACAGAUACGUCGAUAGCUCAACCCCCAUCCAGUCCAACCAGACAGCAUGGGCGGUGGCCGUCUUCUCCACAAACGACGCAGAGCCACUGUACGAGAGGUAUUACACCCCUGAAUUUGACGUCGGUGUAUCCCAAGUCGACCGGGACUCCGUGUUCCGCAUCGCCAGCGUGUCAAAAGUGUUCAGUGUCUGGUCGUUCCUGCUGGAAGUUGGCGAUGCUCACUUCAACGACCCGAUUACACGCUACGUUCCCGAACUGGCUACCAUCGCCAAUGAGUCGACGACGACUAAUGAGGUGGUAUACGAUGACAUUGAUCACGUCCGAUGGGAAGAAGUCACACUGGGUCAGCUCGCUGGUCAACUGGCAGGAAUCCCGCGAGACCCCGCGCAAACUGAUCUUUCUGCUCAAUACUCCCAAGAGCAGACCAUGACCCUCGGGCUUCCGCCUCUUUCCAACGAGGAGAUCCCGCAGUGCGGCGUCCCUGGCCUUCUAAGGUCGUGCACGCGCAGUGAAAUGAUCUCUCAGCUGCUCAAGCAGCAUCCAAUCUUCUCGACUGCAUACUCUCCCGCGUAUAGCAACGUUGCGUACGCGCUACUCGGAUUUGCCCAGGAAGCCGCCACCGGAACCCCAGUCGGCGAGGCCAUAAGCGCAGGAAUAAUGUCCGCCCUCGACAUGAGAUCAAGCAGCUACGACACGGCUCCAAAAUCAGGCGGCGUCAUCCCCGGAAACGCCUCUGCCGUCGGGUGGGACUAUGACCUGGGCACCACCAGCCCGUCGGGGGCUCUCUACAGCUCGACGGGCGACAUGAUCAAGGCCGGGCAGGCCAUCCUCGGGUCCAAGACGAUGAAGCCGGCGCAGACGCGACGGUGGCUGAAGCCGAUGAGCCAGACCGGAGUCCUGGGCAGCGCGGUCGGGGCGCCGUGGGAGAUCCGGUACCUGAUGCUCGGCGGCCGCGUUGCUCAGCUGUACACCAAGCAGGGCGACAUUGGCGGCUAUCGUGCCGCCUUUGUGCUCUCGCCUGAGCAUGACCUCGGGGCGAUAAUCUUCUCGGCCGCACCGCUCGGGUCGAACUCGGCGGCGGUGAGGGAGACGCUGAUGAACGCCGUCGGCGACGUUUUCCUUCCCAUGGCUGAAGAUCAGGCCAGGCUCGAAGCGCGCAGGAACUUUGCCGGCGUGUACAAGGACGUGGAAACAAACAGCUCUGUCACCAUCGAGGUUGACGAUUCCAUGACUGGGCUGACGGUCAAAAGCCUCUUCUCGCGCGGAACCGAAGUCAUUGGCGACAAUAGCCCCUUUAUCAAGAUAUUCCAGGCCGGGCAGUCCGCACGUCUGUUUCCAUCCAACCUGCAGACCGUAAAGGAAAAGACAAGCGGGGAAGGGACAUUUGUCUCGAGGCUGGGCUUCAGAGCUUCAUUUUUCAACGUAACUGGAGAUGCGAACGCAGUGCAGGACCCAGGAUUGAUGCAAUGGACCAGCCUUGGAGCCCCAACAUAUGGAGCAAGGACGCUGGAUGAUUGGGUUUUUGAACUGAACGAAGAUGGGACGGCGAAAGCUAUUGAUGUAAGAAUGUUGAGGUUAAGGAUGGGAAAGGGGAGUGUGAGUUGA